UCAUUUGCUCAUAUCCUAUGAGUUCACUCUUCACAAAGUGCAACAUGACACACCAUAAAUGAAAUUCCACCAAAGAAACCUUCUUUGAUUCAAUAAAUCAACACCCAAUAUGUAAAAAAUCGAACUUUAUUUCCCCCCUUCUAUUUGUUACACCAAUCACUCUUCCUUUCAAGAUCCAGAAUCAUCCUCCUAGAUAUGGAUAUUGACGAGUGGGAAUUCCUCUCCGAUGAUGGCUACCUUGAUUUCAAUGAAGAUUCUGAGAAGAAAAUUUUCAUAGGAAAAGGAAAUUUGGUGUCAAAAAGUGUUCUUGAUGUGAAUCACUUCUGCCCAACAUCACCAAGGAAACCAAGGGUGCUUAAUCAACUUGUCCCUUUGCAAAUUCCAUUGGAACCCAAAAUUGGUAACACCCCAGAUGAUGAAUUAGUACAAGGCAUCACCAAGGAUCAUCCUAUGGAAGUUAAGGUUGUUGUCCCAUCUGAGAAAAUCAAGGACUUCAAGUUUGAACCUUCUGUGGAAGCUGAACAAGAAACUGCGUCACAGGUCUUUUUCAAGAUCAAGGAAAAUGAAUUUGUCGACAUGAAAAUGGAUUCACCAAGGUCAAGUAGCAGGGGAUUGUUGAAAUUUGAGGACAAGGGUGAGGCCAUGGAGAUCAUAACAUCUCCAAGAAUGAAGAAGAUUGAGAAAGAUAUGAUUGGGAUGGAGUGUGAUAAAGAAGAGGAUUGUUCCACUUGGGAAGAAGAGAACACUAAUGGUUUCAACAUAUGGAAGUGGAGCUUGACAGGUGUUGGAGCUAUUUGUUCUUUUGGUGUUGCUGCUGCUACUAUCUGUGUUCUGUUCUUUGGAACCAAACAAAGGAACAAAACUCAGAAUGAUCAGAAGAUUCGGUUCCAGAUCUAUACUGAAGACAAGGGGAUAAAGCAAGUGGUACAGCAUGCGACCAAAUUGAAUGAAGCAAUAUCUGUAGUAAGAGGUGUUCCUGUGAGCACAGCUCGCGUAACCAUUGGUGGUUACUAUGAUGGUCUUUGAAGCAUUGAUUAAGUGCCUUCUUGAAACAAUUGGAAUCUACAAAGGGUCAACAGUGCCAUAAGAUCUAUUAGUCUCUAGCUCUUUAUCAUAUAUUUCUGUAAAUAACAUGAUGCAGGAUGAUGAUGCUGUUUCCUUAUUGCUCGUUCAUGUUUGUUCUGUAUAUUCUCUAUGGUCUUGUAGAUUAAGUCAACAUUAGAAGCUCUUUUAUUAUUAUUUGUUUCAGUAAUUUUGAAUUUUAAAAAUCAAUAUGUUUGUAAGAUUAGUUUUGGUGUUUGGUAAUUGGUAAUUACUUUGUCAGGAGCAAUUGUAGAAUGCAAGGAUAUAAGAAAAGAAUUGAGCCAUUGAAUUGU